GGGCCUGGAAGGGGCGGGGUGGGUUGCGACAGUAGUUUAAUUACGUGCCUGGGAAUUGCAGCCAUUCGGACUUUGGCAUUCGAUUGCAUGCUUAAAAAUCAAAAAACGUGUCUCCGGCGUAGAGUGGGGCUGGUGGGGGUAAGGCGGGGCACCGCGCCGAAGCCCUGGGCCCGCGCGCCUCCUCCCUGGGCGUCUUCUUGGCCAAAGCCUGGGCCCGCACAACAUGGCGGCGUCCGGAGUCCGAAGCUGUGGCCUCUCGGGGCUGCUGCCCGCGCAGACCUCGCUCGAGUACGCCCUGCUCGACGCCGUCACCCAGCGGGAGAAGGACGACCUGGUCUACCAGUACCUGCAGAAGGUGGACGGCUGGGAGCAAGACCUGUCGGUGCCCGAGUUUCCGGAAGGGUUAGAAUGGCUGAACACAGAAGAGCCUAUUUCUGUCUACAAGGACCUACGUGGAAAAGUGGUCAUCCUUGAUUUCUUCAGCUACUGCUGCAUAAACUGUAUCCACCUGUUGCCUGAUCUCCAUGAGUUAGAACACACAUACUCUGAUAAAGAUGGUCUCCUGAUUGUUGGUGUUCACUCAGCUAAGUUUCCAAAUGAAAAAGUCCUGGACAACAUUACAAGUGCAGUUCUCCGAUACAAUAUCACCCACCCUGUGGUUAAUGAUGCAGAUGCCAGCCUUUGGCAAGACCUAGAGGUGUCCUGCUGGCCAACACUGGUCAUUCUUGGACCCCGUGGAAACAUGUUGUUUUCUUUGAUUGGAGAAGGACACAAAGAAAAAUUAUUUUUGUAUACUUCAAUAGCUUUAAAGUAUUACAAAGACAGGGGACAGAUCAGAGAUAAUAAAAUUGGAAUAAAACUCUACAAAGAUUCUCUGCCACCUUCACCACUGCUGUUUCCUGGCAAAGUAACUGUAGACCAUGCUACUAAUAGACUGGUAAUAGCAGAUACUGGACACCAUAGGAUUUUGGUCAUUUGGAAAAAUGGACAAAUUCAGUACAGUAUUGGAGGACCUAACCCUGGAAGAAAAGAUGGACUGUUUUCAGAGUCAACUUUUAACUCUCCACAGGGUGUAGCCAUGAUGGAUAAUGUCAUAUAUGUGGCAGACACUGAAAACCACCUUAUAAGAAAGAUUGACCUAGAAGCUGAGAGGGUGAGCACUGUAGCCGGCAUUGGAGUUCAAGGUACAGAUAAAGAAGGAGGAGCAAAAGGAGAACAACAACCCAUUUGCUCCCCUUGGGAUGUUGCUUUUGGAACAUCAGGUUCAGAGGUCAAGAGAAAUAACAUCUUGUGGAUAGCCAUGGCAGGAAUCCAUCAGAUAUGGGCACUCCUGCUGGAUUCCAGCAAGCUGCCAAAGAAGAAUGAGCUAAAAAAAGGAACCUGUCUUCGGUUUGCUGGCAGCGGAAAUGAAGAAAAUCGAAACAAUGCAUAUCCUCACAAGGCAGGUUUUGCCCAACCCUCAGGUCUGUCUCUGGCCUCUGAAGAUCCCUGGAACUGCCUGUUUGUAGCUGACAGCGAGAGCAGCACUGUGAGAACUGUCUCCCUGAAAGACGGAGCAGUGAAGCAUCUCAUUGGAGGAGAAAGAGAUCCCAUGAAUUUAUUUGCUUUUGGUGAUGUUGAUGGAGUAGGCAUCGAUGCAAAGCUUCAACACCCACUUGGAGUAGCGUGGGACAAGAAGAGGAAUUUGCUUUACGUGGCAGACUCCUACAAUCACAAGAUUAAAGUUGUGGAUCCAAAAACAAAAAACUGUACAACAUUAGCAGGCACUGGAAACACGAAUAAUGUUACUAGUUCCAGUUUUACUGAGUCGACUUUUAAUGAACCAGGAGGCUUGUGUGUUGGAGAAAAUGGCCGAUUAUUAUAUGUAGCGGACACCAACAAUCAUCAAAUUAAAGUGAUGGAUUUAGAAACAAAAACAAUUUCUGUGCUGCCCGUCUUCAAAUCUGAAAACGCUGUGGUAGAUGGCCCAUUGCGCCUAGAAAAACCAAAGUCAGUACCCAAACUACCGAAAUCUGCCCCAAGCAUCAGGCUUUCCCCAGUGACUGUUUGUCCUGGUCAGACUCUUCAGUUCAAACUCGGACUGGACCUCCCAUCAGGAACGAAGCUAACUGAUGGAGUACCCAGUUGUUGGUUUCUAACUGCUGAAGGGAAGAAAGCUGGCCAUGCAUGCAGUACUCAGGUGGAUGGGGCUGGCCCUGCGGACAGAAGAGUACUGAAUCCCUGGCCACCCGCGGCCCUCCGUGGGCUCAUAGCAGGCAAUGAGUGGCUUCUUCAAGGACAGAUACCAUCUGGAGACAUAGAGAACAUUUCCAGCCAACCAACAAUUUCACUGCAAAUUCCUGGCAAUUGCUUGUCACUUGAAGUAGUUCUAUCUAUCAGCGUGUUUCUUUAUUACUGUAGUGCAGACAGCAGUGCUUGCAUGAUGAAGGGAAUUUUAUUCAGUCAGCUCUUACGGAUAACAGAGACACAAGCAGGUUGCAUCGCUCCAGUGGAGCUCAAGCAUGCAUUUUAGCCAGUCAGCCAGCAGCUGCUUGCCAUAUCCCCCAUUCUUCAUCCCCACCUUCACUGUAACUUAGGAAAAAACUGUUUCUGCCCUGGAUCCCAAGAUGGAUAUUGCUCACUUCUAGCAACUUAACUUAAAAUAAAGCUAUGUUCCUUAUUUACUUUUUAUUAUAAAGAAUUCCUUCAUUCUAGCUCUGCUAUCUAAAUCAUUGACCAUCAUUCAAACCAUGACAGUAUAAUCUGUGCUGCUCUUUGUUACAAGACUUUAGUCCACACUGUAGUAGAAAAUACUACCAUAAGAUAAUUUGCAGUGAAUACUGAAAAUACCAGGCAUUUUAGCUAACUUUAAAAAACCUUUUUAAAUAGCAUUCAGCAUAUUUGAAUAUGUAAAUUUCACAGUAACUUUACACAGACUUAAGCUCCAGUUCAUAUUUUUGUAUUAGGACACCUGCCAUUCAAGCCAUUAGGUCUAUUUUAAGCCAAAAAAACUAAAAAAAAUUUUAAAAAGUGUUUUCAUUACAGUAGAAACUUAAGAGUAUGUGAGUGGCUACAUAUCUUUAUUUUCUUCUGUGAUAUUCUCAGUUGAGAUAUUUUUAACAGAGUUUCAAUUUAUUUUAUUAUAAAUUAUUUGUUGUUUUAACAUAGCACUAUUAAUGCCUUAUAUCUUUAUAUAGAAAAAGCUGAACGUAGAUUCUCUAGGGGGAUGGAGACCUACUCCUUUGACGUGUUUGGUGGUGGUAGUGGUAUACUGGUAGUGAUGGUAUUGGUAUUUUCCUUUGAAUGAACACAUUCUUAUCAGAUAAUGACGGGUCCCCAGAAAUAAUAUGACUUUCAAAGAGAAAAGACUUAACACACAUUACUGUCUGUGAUAAAGGAAUUAUUGUGGUAACUGAAUCUGAUAGAAACAGGUAUGUAUGUUAUUUUAGAAAUUUACAUUUCACUUGAAAGUAUCAAAUGAAGAUUUGUUGGGUUUGGGGGUUUCUUUGGUACCUGUAUUCAGAAUUUAAAUUAUGAUCAUUCAUUGUGAUGUUUUAAAAAUCAGAUUUGAGCCUUCAAAUUGAAAUUUUCAAUGUAAAAUACUACAUAUAGUUAACAAGUUCAGUAGACUCUAAUAUACUACUCUAAAAUAUUAGGACCGAAACAUGGAAUGAAUCGUUUACACAGUUUUUUGGGUUUUGCUUUUCUAACCCAAAGGAAACAGUCACUGAGUAUUAGCAGGUCUGUAAAAUUUAUUAUCAUAAUUUAUCUUAUUUUUUUUUGAGACAGUGAGUGUUUCUUUUAAGUUUCCCCACCUUGGUUGGGACUUGGAGCCCGCUGAGCCUUCCUCUUGCCUUAGCCUUCCCGAGUGAUGGGAUUACAGGCAUGCACCACCCUCCCACUUCAUAAUUUAACUUGUAAUUAUUUAAAAGUCUAUCCUUGUUUUUCCUAAAACUUAUGCAAUAAGUUUGUAAUUUAAUCAGCUUAGAUUUUUAAAACAUCAGGUGAACCAUGUUUAUUUAAAAUAUUUAUAAGACAAUAUGGCAUAAUACGCUUCCCCUCCUUGAGAAACAGUGGUAAAUUUAAAGUGUAAUCUUAAACACCAUUGUCUGUCCACUUCUUUAUAUUUUUUCGAAAUACAGUUUUGAAAUAUUAUUUGCUUAUCUUAUUUAUAAGGUUAGCAGAAUUUCUGAAGUAAGAGAGUAUAGAUUAUGACUAAAAUUUAAUUAGCACGCUAAAGCUAUUUUUAAAUAGAAGUAUAAAUGUAAAAUGGAAAGGAAUCCUGUUUAAAAUUAUACAUAAUUACCUCAUAAACCUACUCCCUCUACAACCAAUCAAAAUAAUAAUAUUCUGUAAUAAAAUGAUGUAUAACAUUGAUGUUCUCUUUUGUGGAGAAUAGGCCUUUUUAAUCUCAUUUGACACUGUACUUCUCAUUUCCAGUUGGACAGGAUGAGAAUAUUUCGGGCCAGUCAUUUCCUGUUUGAGUACAUAAACAGUUCACCAUCUAAAAGAAGAAUAUACAGUUUUAACUUGCUGAUGCAGAAAUAAUUGAUAAUUUAUCUUUCAGUGUAAUACACAGAUAUGCACACAGUAUGUAUUAUAUAGUUUCAUAUACAUUAAAAUCCCAAACUACUUUUUAGUAUGCAUUAAUUUUCCCUUUGUCUAGGUUCAUUUUAGGUUAGUCUUAAACUAAUACUUUUCUUGAUUUUUCAAAGUACAGUUUUAUUGAACAUUCUUAUCCACUGCCAGUUUGCAUUCUUUUACAUUAAAAAUAUUCUUUAUAAUGAAUUAGUAUGAUUUUGAAUAAACCACCCAAGAAAUAUGAAUAAGUUCUUAGAAUUUAUGACAAUAUAAACUUCUUACAUAAGAGGAAGCACUAGAAGUUUAUUUUAAAAACUUCUUGAUCCAUAUCUGCCUUCUGUUUUCUAUAGGACUUCUUAAUGUUUUUUACUUUUGCUUUUCUUGCUGCAUAAAUUAUAUCCAGUGAUAGUUUAAAGAGUAAAAUUAAAGUGCCGGCAAGGUGGCAUUACACAAAUUUUAACGUAUAAUACCUGGAAUCUUUUCCCUAAAUCAUUCUAUUUUGUCCCUGUUUUUCCUCCUCCAUGAGAUCAGUUCACAAACAAUAAGCUUUUUAAAAAUUUAUGCUCAGGAUUGCUAUGAUCUUUGUAAAGAAUUUUGCUUAUCUUAAAUACUCUGUCAAGCAAAUAUUUAUAUUUAACCUAUUUGCAAGAGAAAAUCUUGGCAGUUUUAAUCACCCAUAACUAUAACUUUAAUAAAGUAUAAUGACUAUGAAAAACAAGUUUCUCCUUAACUGUCCUAAUAAUAUAUUAUUUAUAGUAUGACCAGGCCUUCCAAAGGUUGUAAAUCUUAACAAAGCCAAAUAGAGUUUAACCCAUGUGAAUGAGUUUAUGUGUAUAUGUUUAUAUGUGCUGGUGUAUGUGUUUAUGUACACAGAUAAAAAGUUCAAGAAAUAAAUACAUUUCUUUUAUGGCCAGCCUUCUUUUGAGCCAGUACCACCGAGAUAAGUCGAUCUUUGCUUAUUUUUCCAAAAUUGGAAAAUUUAAGAAGAUAAUAAAAACACUUAUCUAUAAUAUAUUAAUUUUGCACCUACUCAAAAUUUAUUAGUUUAUAUAUGCCAAUUAUAAAGACGUUAUGGUGUUUAAGAACAGUCAUUAGGUGCUACAGGUAUAGGUCAGUGGUAGAGUACACAUACACAAGGCCCUGGGUUCAGUCCCCAUCAAAGACUACAUUUCAGGGCCAGGGAUUUAGCUCAGUGGUUCCGCCGCCUGCCUCACAACCACAAGGUCCCAAGUUCGAUCCCUGGUACCAAAAAAAAAAAAAAUUCAUAGUUCAUAAUUACAUAAAAUUAUUUGCUGGGGAAUAUAUUAAUAGUGGUUCUGGAUGAUGAGACUUUGGAGUUUUUAUUUUUCUUUUAUGUAUUUUUUUCAAUCAUGAGCAUUUUAUUUCUAAAACCAGAAAAAGAAAAUUAUAAAAAGUUUUUUAAAGAUUUAAAAUUACAUUAAAAGCACUAACAUAUAAUAACUUUACUAAAAUCACUUUUAUUACCAAAGAUCAGAAUAUAUUUUGGAGUCCUUUGGUCUACCAGUUCUCGUUAUUCAAGUAUGUGAUUUGGUAAAGCUAAAAAUAAUUAUGCCCCCUUUUUUUCUUUUUUUUGUAGUAUAAUAGUACGAUGGUUAAGCACAUGGACUUUGUGGUUAACUCAGUUCUAACCCUAUAAAAUGGGGCCAGUCUACUGCCUCAUGGAGUUGCUGUAUUUAAUAAAAUAUUAUUCACUGAGCAUGUAGUAAUUAACGACAUAACUACCUAACAGCUUAAGUAAUAAUGGUAAUAAUUUGUGGCCACAGGCUUGCAGGGCUUGACAUUUCCUUUGCAAUUGCACUUUCUAAAAGAAAACAUUUCUCUACCAACUAUUUGAUGGUAGUAUUCUGUGUAGAGUUGGGGUUUAAGAAGAGAAAGAUACUUUUAUAAUAAAACACAUUGUUAUUCUAUAAACUGUUGUAAAGAAGCAUACCUACAGUUGUAUAAAAUUUUUUAAAAGCCCUUCUAGAACUAUGAGUAACAGACUUGCUUCAAAGACCGUUUAGUCACACUUGUAUUCACCUUAAACCACAGUCUACAACGUGUGCUCAACAGCUUGCACCCAAAUAGCAUCUUGGGGUUUUUGGUACUGAGCAUUGAACUCGGGACUUUGCGCUUGCAAGGCAGGCACCAGUACCACUGAGCUAAAUCCCCGAUCCCCAAAUAGUGUCUUAACCGAAAAGAUUCACUGUGAUGGUGCUUUAUAGGAUCUCCAAAGUGCUUUCCUAGGUACUGCCUAAAUCGAGCUUCAGAUUACCCUUGUAAUCCAGACAGGUAGCUGUUGUGUCCACUGUGGGAGUGAGGACACAGCUUUAGAGUGGGUGGCAUGUCUGGAGAUCAGAGAGCUCCCAGGAUGAGGCUGAUGCCCAGAGCAGGGCCUGGAGCCAGUAGAUACUUAGUGCUGACAAGUGACUGAAGGGUGGGAAGUGAAUGUCAAGUUGCUCAUCAGGCAGUGUCUUAAUUCCUGGUUCUACUACAAAAUACAGAGUAGAAAGUCUGCUAAAGGAAGAGUUCUACUAUAGACAUUUUAAGCCUUCAAAUAAAGGAAUAAGAGUACUAGCCCUAUUCAUUGAGGUCUUACUAUUUUGCCAGUGCUUUGUGUGUGUUAACUCAUUUCAUCUUCACACAGCCUCACGAGUGAGGUAUCAUGUUCCCUUAGUUGACUGAUGAGCAAGCUGAACAGAGCAGUAAACAUAAUCAAGGUCACACAUUUAGGCAGUGGCAGAGCUGUUAUGUGAGUCUGCUCAUCUACUUGCUGUAUUGCCUCUCAGAGUCCUUUUUCUUUUAAACAUAAAUCUUUCAUAGUUUUAUGUAGUUAACUCUUCAAAGAACCCAAAAGUUAUAACUUUUCAUUAUAUAUUCUCAUUCAGGCCUUGGAAUUGUCUGUAUAGUUGUUUCCCAAAAGAUUUUGUGUACCACUCUCCCUUCAUUUCAGAUAUGCACAGUUUUUCUUAGCAAGUGGAUGUAAUAAAGGAACUCCUGUGUUCCAUCCUUGCUGUUUCAGUUGAUCUUCAUUGGCACUUGAGACUUUGUUGUAAAGAACAACUAAAUUCUAAGCAUAAGACUGUCUCAAAUCGUGAGUUUAUUCCUGUCUAAGAAAAUUUUGUUUCAUUAGCUAAAGGAAGCUUAGAAAUAUAAAGUCUUCUGCUUUCUUCCAGCAUAAAUAAUGCUGGUAUGUAGACCACCCUACAGUAAAGUUUCUGCCAGGGUCAAGCAAUUAUUCCAGCAUUAGAUACUAUUAAAAGGAAUGAGGCAAAAUCGUGCAUACCGGUGAUUAUGACUCAUGAUUGUCCUUAACAGAAUGCAAACAUCUUUUCAUUAUUAGUUUGCUAGUUAAGCAGUAGUGUGGUGCAGUAAGGAAUUUAUCGAUUUUGUUAUAAAAUCCCAUUCUAAAAUUCAUAAGGAAAUGUACUUAAGAAAUUGAUAGUAGUGUCACACUUUAAAAGUAAUCACCCAAAUUGCUUUUCCACCUGUUGCACAUAGUUUAUUUAAAUGAAGAAUUAGCACUAGUCUUAAGUCUCUGUUUUGUCCUGUAUAAUUCAAAGUUUGCUUUUCUUCCAUUUCUUCACAAUAGGGUAACAGAAAGAAUAAUAUUAAAAGUUAGAGACUUGAAUAAUUACCUGUUAAGUAUUCUGUGACUAACAAACGCUGGCUUUUGCAUAUAGUGGACCUGCAUCUGAGACUGGCUGCCUGGCUUUCCAGUGGGCAAGUCUGAAUGGAGAGCCUGGGUAAAGAGGCAGCUCUCCUCAGCUUUCCUGAUACAACCCUUCUGUUUUGUAGUGUGCUGGUUUUUUGGUUUAGUCACUCAAAGGUUAGAGUUGAAGAGUUAAAGCCCUAGGCACUUGUGGAAUGUUUGCCUAGUCUAGUUAUUCAUCGUUUGGUGUGUCCCUCUUCCUCCCUGGCUUGUGGCUGUCAAGUAUACCAAAGGAUAUUUUGUUCUGUUGAAAGCCUCAGGAGUAAAAGGAAAGUGUUGCAAGCAUUCCCAAACAUACUUCCACCUGUCCAGUGGUGGUGAACCUGUGGCACACCACAGCAGGCUGUUUGUUAUCAUUGAAGGCUCUAAGAGGUUCGCCAUCACUGACAUCAGUGUUAAAUUAAAAAGCACUAACCAAGCACAAGUGAGCCCUAAACAGCCUUAUGAGUUUCUUCCUCUUUAAGCAGCAAUUUAAAGGCCUGGUCAUGAAAUAGAGAGUUAAGGAAAAUUGUCAGAUAUAUAUUUUUAAACAGUGAAAAUGUAAAGGGUAGUGUGAACAAACAUAGUUUACUCCCUUUUAAUUUUAAUGUCCUUGGUUACAUAUUUCCAUAUGAAAGUGAAAAGAGAACUAUGCUAAGGAGUAGAGAAGAAAAUCAGCUCUGAUUUAAAUAUGACCAGUUUAAACAGAAUUUUUGUUAUUUCCUUUACCAAAUUUGUGCUGUGCUCAUGAGAAAUAUAUAGUGAAGUAAACAAGACAAACCAUUAGUUGAUCGAUUAUGCUUACGAACAGUAAAAAUAGACAAGUCCCUCAUUGCCAUGUAACUUCUAUUUUUAAAAUUUGUAGUCAUUAUCCUUAGUUCUACCAGAAACACUAGCCAGUUUUGUUUGUAUUGAGUUGAAGGUAUUGCUCAUGAAUGCCUGAUACUUAUCAUUGCAGUUUACCUCCAAAAAUUAAACUGUCACUUCCUCUCCUCACCUCAGGGUUCCCUCUUUAAAAACUAGUAGUUUCUCCAAAAGUUUUGGUGAGUUACAUAAGCAACCAUAGACAAUGAAAGAAUGAUUUUGUAGAAUAAUUUUUUUCUAGAAUUCCUAAUCAGUUUUCAGAGAGGGAGAACAAUACCCUGUGUGACUUCAAAUUAAUUUUCUCUACUUUGAGGUGUAACUUCCUGAUUAUAUUUUACAAAGCCUAUUAUUUUAAAAAAAGUUUAAAAGCCUCUUGCUAGGAUGUAUCGAGAGCCAGUUUAUAAAGCUUGUUAUUGCUGCCUCAACUUUACAUGUGAGUUGUAGACAGAAUCAAAGUUUGCUGUGUAAUUGAGAUUCACCUAUAUUUCAAAUUACAACAUUUCAUAAAUAUAUGUCACAUUAUAGAGAUGGAGACUCUUCCUGAUCUUUUGUGUGAAUAAUUUGUGGUUUUAUUUCUGAAACUAGAGUUGAUCUGUGCUGAUUUCAUACCUAUCAUUCCAAAGAUCUGAUUAUAUUUAUUUUCUUUGGUAAUUAAAAAUGCAAUGAAAAUCUAAUUUCAAAGUCAGAUAUUGAUAUUUCUAGACAUGGUCUAGUUCUAUAAGAAUUUACUUGUGAAUUUUAAGUAUUUGAUGUAGAUAGAUUAAUAUAUUUUCAUAGAACACUUUUUCUAAACUUAUUUCAGGACUGUAUUAGUCGCUUUUUUCAGGUGUAUGUGGUAACUGUUUGGAAUGAGAGUGCAGUGCCUUCACCAACUCAAAAAUGAUGUAAUACAUGUGAUAUCAUAGAAGGCGAAUGUGUUUAUACUGUACAUGGAAACCUAAUGCCUCUUUUCUAAAGCUUUGUACUUUUUCCAUGAAAUAAAUAUUUUCUCCUGAAGCCAUA